GUGCGUAUCGCUACAUCCGCUAGCUGUUCAAGUCAAGUCAAGUCAACAGUAUUUAUAGAGCACUUUCAAACAGCCAUCGCUGCAUACAAAGUGGUCCAUCAAGUCGCUCCUGGGAAGGGGAAGUCAAGAUGUCAGGUGCAGGGGGAGGAAAGCGUCCCUCCGGUGGGGACAGCCCCCCCGGCCCACCUGAGAAGAAAAGCAAAAAGGAGGAGAAGACCACCACCACUCUCAUUGAGCCCAUUCGCAUAGGAGGAGUCUCGUCUACGGAGGAAAUGGACAUGAAAGUGAUCCAGUUUAAGAAUAAGAAGCUGAGUGAGCGCUUGGAGCAGCGGCAGGCGAUGGAGGACGAGUUGCGAGAGAAAAUAGAGAAGCUUGAAAAGAGGCAAGCGACUGAUGACACCACACUGCUGAUUGUAAACCGCUACUGGUCUGAGCUGGAAGAAAAGGUCCAUAUUCUGCGCAAAUGCAUCGAACCAGUGGCCCCAGUAGCAUCAACACCAAUUCCCCCACCUGCUCCACUUCCUGAUCCUGUGCCCAUGGAGACAGACGCUGUCAAUAUUGCGUCGCCAACCUGCGGUGUGCCUCCACCUCCACUCCCUGAGGCACAGAAUGACCGAAAACAACCAGAGCAUCAACAGCAAGAUGAAGUCACGAAAGAAGGGCAACAAGAGACUCCUCAGCAGCCUCCACCCCCUGAUAGAUCGGAGCAGUUAACACCCACAGAGCCCCCGCGGCAACCAACCGCAGAAUCAUUGCCGCCACUGCCUCCCCCCCUGAGCGUCAGCGCCAAAGGUUUCUUGGCCACGCUGGAGCACAGCAGCGAAGAGGAGGUCUCACUGCAUCUCCAGCACCGCAUGUUGUUCAGCAAGGAUGCCAUCGCCUGCCUCGUGUGUGUCUUUGACAGGCUGCACAGCUGCAUUGACGACAUGUGCAAACAGAUCCAAGCGGCGGGGUGCGAGGAUGAGAGCCUGGCCAGCGUGGGCUCUGUGAACCGCACUCUGCUGGACGAGAACCGCAGACUGCGAGACCAGGCCACUCUGCUGCAGGGCCGACAUCACAAAACAUCCAUGGAGUACAACGAAUGGGUGGACAAGGUGACCAGUGCGGAGACUAAGGUGUCGGAAAUGGAAACCACUGUGGAGGACCUGCAGUGGGACAUUGAGAAACUCCGAAACAGGGAACAAAAGCUCAACAAGCACUUGGCAGAGGCCAUGGAGCAGCUAAAAUCUGGUUACAGCAGCACCGGCAGCUCUGGUGGGCUCGCUGGCGGACAAAUCACAUUAACCAUUCAAAAGUUUGAGAGUCUUAACACGGAGCUGGAGCACAACCAGGAGUUGGCCAAUAGCCGCAUGGCAGAUUUGGAGAAGCUGCAGGUGGAGCUGCAAGAGGCCGUGAGGGAGAGUGAGAAGCUCAAGAUGGAUUUGCGUAAUAUUCCGGAGGAGGUCGUGAAGGAGACGCUAGAGUACAAGUGUCUGCAGUCUCAGUUUUCGCUGCUCUACAACGAGUCCCUGGGAGUGAAAACCCAGCUGGACGAGGCUCGGGCCCUCCUGCUCACAGCCAAGAACGCCCACCUCAGACAGAUUGAGCACAUGGAGAGCGACGAGCUGUCCCUGCAGAAGAAGCUGCGCACCGAAGUCAUCCAGCUGGAGGACACGCUAGCCCAAGUGCGCAAAGAAUACGAGAUGUUGCGCAUCGAGUUUGAGCAAAAUCUUGCCGCCAACGAGCAAGCGGGACCAAUCAACAGGGAGAUGCGACACUUAAUCAGCAGCCUUCAGAACCACAACCUGCAGCUGAAAGGCGACGUGCAGCGCUUUAAGAGGAAGCUGCGCGAAACCCAGAUCGAAAUCAACAAGCUGCGCUGCCUGAACAGCGACGCCGGCGUUCUCGUCCUGGAGGAGUCGAGCGGCGACGCCGUCGACGUGAAGAAAGACGAAGACGAGGACCAAGAACAGGAGGAGGAGGAGAGGAGGAAGGAGCUGGAGAGGCAGCGAGCCCGCGAAAGGGAGCGGGAGGCCGAGCGGGAACGCGAGCGGGAGCGCGAGCGCGAGAGGCAACGCAGCGACGAGCUCAAGAGGAAAGACUCGGACACCUUGAAGAUGCUCCGAGUCGAGCUCAAGAAAGCUCAGGAGUCCCAGAAGGAGAUGAAGCUCCUGUUGGACAUGUACAAAUCGGCUCCCAAGGAGCAGAGGGACAAAGUGCAGCUCAUGGCGGCUGAACGGAAAUCCAAAGCAGAGGUGGACGAGUUGCGGAUACGAGUGCGCGAGCUGGAGGAGCGCGAGAAGAAGGAGAGCAAGAAGCUGGCUGACGAAGACGCCCUCAGGAAGAUCCGAGUGGCCGAAGACACCAUCGAGCAUUUGCAGAAGAAGCUGGGCGCCACCAAGCAGGAGGAGGAAGCGCUGCUGAGCGAGAUGGACGUGACGGGCCAGGCCUUCGAGGACAUGCAGGAGCAGAACAGCCGGCUGUUGCAGCAACUGCGCGAGAAGGACGACGCCAACUUUAAGCUGAUGAGCGAGCGCAUCAAAUCCAACCAGAUCUACAAGCUGCUCAAGGAGGAGAAGGAGGAGCUGGCCGACCAGGUCCUCGCCUUCAAGACGCAGGUGGAUGCUCAGCUGCUGGUGGUGCAGAAGCUGGAGGAAAAGGAGGGCGUCCUUCAGAGCGCGCUGGCCACGCUGGAGAAAGAGCUGUCGCUCAGGACUCAAGCCUUGGAGCUCAACAAGCGGAAGGCGGUGGAAGCUGCACAGCUGGCGGAGGACCAGAAGGUGCAGCUGGAGCACACGCAGGCAAAGCUGAAAGAGAUCCAAGUCGCCGUGGCCGAGAACCGCACGGCCCGCGAGAGGGAGAGCAGCAAUCUCAAGCGAGCGCAGGAGGACCUGUCCAGGCUGAGGCGGAAGCUGGAGAAACAGAAGAAGGUGGAGGUGUACUCUGACGCCGACGAGAUCCUGCAGGAGGAAAUCAACCAGUACAAGGCCAAGCUGCGCUGCCCGUGCUGCAACACGCGCGACAAAGACACGGUGCUCACCAAAUGUUUCCACGUUUUCUGCUACGAUUGCCUGAAGAUGCGCUACGACACGCGCCAGCGCAAAUGCCCCAAGUGCAACUGCGCCUUCGGGGCCAACGACUUCCAUCGCAUCUACAUCACCUAGAAAUAAAUAAAUAAAUUAAAUAAACGGACAUGAACGUUCCCGGCUUUUGUUUCCCUUGGGACGUUUCCUUAAAGCAUGCAU